AUGGCUCCAUACCCGAUGAUUAAACUUAAUACAGGCCAUAAAAUUCCACAGAUUGCAUUCGGAACAUUUGACGCUCCGAAAGUUGAUGUAGUUAAUGCCGUGAAAUCCGCUUUUGGGGCCGGUUACCGUCAUAUUGACUGUGCAAUGAUUUACGGAAACGAGAAAGAAGUAGGUCAGGCCAUUGCAGAAUCGAUGAAAGAGUACAAUCUUAAACGUGAAGACAUCUUUGUCACUUCGAAACUCUGGUGUGAUCGACAUGAUCCUAAAGACGUUAGGAGAUCUUGUGAAGAAUCGUUGAAAGACCUCGGUCUUGAAUAUCUAGACCUCUACCUUAUUCACUGGCCUGUUUCUUUCCGUUUCGCAGACGGUGUUGGGUUUGAUUUAGAUGAUCCGAAGUCUGUUGUGUAUGAGAAUCACAAACUUGAAGACACCUGGAAAGAAAUGGAAAAGUUGGUUCCAGCUGGAUUGGUGAAAUCUGUUGGUGUUUCUAAUUUCAACAAGCGUCAACUUGAAAAUAUCAUCAAGCAUGGAACUAUGGUGCCAGCUGUUAAUCAGGUUGAAGUGAAUCUUCACUGGCUUAACACCAAGUUGAUUGAAUUCUGUCAAUCGAAAGGCAUUCAGGUUGAAGCCUAUGCUCCUUUCGGGUCUCCUGGUGUCAUGAAGGACAAAGCUAAGCCACUGUUUCAACUGGAGACUGUUGUUGAGAUUGCAAAUAAGCACAAAGUUACUCCUGCCCAGGUUCUGAUUCGUCAUGGUCUGCAAAGAAAUUUGAUUGUUAUUGCCAAGAGUGUUACUCCAGAGCGAAUCAAGACAAACUUUGAUGCUCCGAAAAAAGAUGUGUUAAAUUCAGUCAAAGCAGCAUUUGGCGCUGGUUACUGUCAUAUUGACUGUGCGAUGUUUUACGGCAACGAGAAAGAAAUAGGACAGGCCAUUGCAGAAUCAAUGAAAGAGUACAACCUUAAACGCGAAGACAUCUUUGUCACUUCGAAACUUUGGUGUGAUCGACAUGAUCCUAAAGACGUUAGAAAAACUUGCGAAGAAUCGUUGAAAGACCUCGGUCUUACAUAUCUCGACCUCUAUCUUAUUCAUUGGCCUGUUUCAUUUCAUUGCAAAGAUGGUGUUGGUUUUGAUUUUAAUGAUCCCAAUAACACCAUUUUCGAGAAUCACAAAAUUGAAGACACCUGGAGAGAAAUGGAAAAGUUGGUUCCUGCUGGAUUGGCAAAGUCUGUUGGUGUGUCUAACUUCAACAAACGCCAAAUUGAGCAUAUCAUUAAGCAUGGAACGAUGGUGCCAGCUGUCAAUCAGAUUGAAGUGCAUCUUCACUGGCUUAACACCAAGUUGAUUGAAUUCUGUCAAUCGAAAGGCAUUCAGGUUGAAGCCUAUGCUCCUUUCGGGUCUCCUGGUGUCAUGAAGGACAAAGCUAAGCCACUGUUCCAACUGGAGGCUGUUGUUGAGAUUGCAAAUAAGCACAAAGUUACUCCUGCCCAGGUUCUGAUUCGACAUGGCCUGCAAAGAAAUUUGAUUGUUAUUGCCAAGAGUAUCAAUCCGGAAAGAAUUCAUACAAACCAUGAUGUUUUGGGUUUCGAGUUGACUAAGGAGGAGAUGGACAAACUCAAUAAUGCUGGUAUGAAUAUUCGCCUUUACGAGAUGCCAUCCAUGGUCGGGGAUCCUGAAUAUCCGUUCCACGACGAAUUCUGA